AUGACAACGCCCGUUGACAUUGAAGCUCUUGUCGUAGGUGCCGGCAUGGCCGGUAUCUACUCGACGUAUCGUCUUACUCGACUUGGACUGAAGGUUCAAUGCAUCGACUGCGCCAGUGAUGUUGGCGGCACAUGGUAUUGGAACACCUACCCAGGAGCUAUGAGCGACACGGAGUCAUACCUUUACCGUUAUUCGUGGGACAAAGAAGAUCUUCAAACCUAUCCCUGGCCGCGCCAUUAUCUCUACCAGCCCGAGAUCCUCGAGUAUCUCCGGCACGUGGUUGCAAAGUACGACCUUAGAAAACAUAUGCGCUUCGAAACAGAAAUGCAGGCAGCAAAAUGGGACGACGAGUCCAAAAGGUGGACAGUAUCUUGUUCAGCCGGGCUAACUUUCCGUGCUCGGUAUCUUGUCAACUGUUUGGGGCUCUUGUCAAAGCCAAAUUACCCCGAUAUCUCUGGGAUUGACUCGUUUACCGGAACCCUCGUCCAUACUGCCAAAUGGGAUCACCAACUUAAUCUCAAUGGCAAGACAGUGGGCAUCAUCGGUAACGGAUCGACAGGUGUUCAAGUAAUUACAGCCAUCGCACCGAAAGUCCACAAACUGGUAUCUUUUCAACGACAUCCACAAUACUCUGUUCCAAGCGGGCAAGGACUUAUUCCAGAAGGCUAUCGCAAAGGAAUCAAUGCCGACUAUGACAAUAUCUGGCAACGAGUGUGGUCAUCUUCAACUGCGUUUGGUGUUCCCGAGGUCUCUAGGGAGACGAUGCAAGCCAGCCCCGAAGAGCGACAAGAGGCUUUCGAGACUGUUUGGAAGCAGGGCAACGGGUUUCGAUUUAUGUUUAGUGCGUUCGGAGACUUGACGACUAAUCCUGUUGCCAAUGAAGAGGCUUGUAAGUUUAUUCGUGGCAAGAUUGAUGAGAUUGUCGAAGACCCGCGCAAAGCUGCAGCAUUGAAGCCAAACGAACCUUACGCACGACGUCCGCUUUGUGAUACCGGCUACUAUCAGACCUUUAACCGAGAUAAUGUGGACAUUGUUGACCUAAGGAAAACAAGCAUCGAGCGAAUAGCCCCGGAAGGUGUCCAGACAGCCGAUGGAACACUUCAUCACUUCGAUGUCUUGAUCUUUGCCACUGGGUUUGAUGCUAUUGAAGGCAACUAUUUGCGUGUAAAUAUCACUGGCCGCGGAAACAAAUCUCUCCAGGACCAUUGGCAUGAAGGUCCCACAGCUUAUGGAGCAGUCUCAUGUGCAGGAUUCCCCAAUAUGUUCCUCGUUUCUGGUCCGCAAGGCGCGUUCGCCAACUUCCCAGUGGUUAUCGAAAGCGAAAUCGAGUUUCUAGCAGCUUGCAUCGAGCAUACCGAGAAGCUAGAAAGCGCGGAGAGCAUGGAAGUGUCCGAGGAGGCUGAGAAAGGUUGGAAUUCGUUAUGUGAUAAGUUGGUUGAAGGGUCACUCUUCAAGGGUACGGCUAGCUGGAUCUUCGGUGCUAACGUCAAGGGGCGGAAGGCAAGCACGAAAUUCUACUUUGGAGGAUUGAAUAAAUACCGGGAUUGGUCAAAACAUGAAAUUUCCCAGGGCUUCCCAAGUUACCACGCAUCUUAG